AGCAAGAGAGAGGGAACCUGCCGGGUGUAUUAUUUUUUGGCGGUUUGAAUCAGUUGCACGCGGCGGCAGUGGCGAUUAAACAUACGCGAAGUAAGGUGGCGCGCUUGCGUUCUUACUCGUGUAACAGCAACACGAGUGUGUAUUAAAAUACAAUAGAGUAAGAGUAAGAGUACAAUUAAAAUAGUAAACUAACAAAAAAAUAUUCCAUAAGCUUAUCAAUGAUAAAUAAAAUAAAAGGGUCAUUUAUUAAAAUAAUAAUUAUUAAAAACAGUUAAUAACUUGCGUGCGAUCAACAAUAAUAAUAAAUAAGAGUUUAUUUUAUAAACUAGUGAGAUAAAAUAGCGUAGCUGUAGGGAUGGAGAUGCAUACGCCACAACGGGACACACGUUCAUCAGCCGACGCGAUGAUGCCGAGAAGCCCCUCGAUGUGCGAUACCAUGUUUUACCCCUGGAAUUGGGGCGAGGAAGCAAGAAAUGUUAACCUCAGUCCAGGAAGUUCGUGUUCCUCCCCGGAGUAUCGGGAUCAUCAUCACCACGGCGGUGUCGGCGGAUCCAUAAAAGCCGGCGUCGCACCUGGCAAUAGAUCUGCCAGUGAAAGUCAUCGACGAGGUAGACCUCGUGCCGAUGCUCUGACGAAUCUCAUGAUGCAGGGCAGCACGUCGCCAAGCAGCAUCAAGUGUACCUUCUGCAACCGGGUCUUUCCGCGUGAAAAAAGUCUCCAAGCUCAUCUGCGCACUCAUACUGGGGAAAGACCGUACCCGUGUGAUUACCCGGGAUGUACGAAAGCAUUUACGCAGUCAGGGCAACUAAAAACGCACCAGCGAUUACACACUGGGGAAAAACCUUUUUUAUGCACGGGGCCUGGAUGUGAGAUGAGAUUCACGCAUGCAAAUCGUCACUGUCCGGACCAUCCGUAUGCGACACUUACGCGUUCUGAUGAUUUUGUACUGAAACCUGUAUCCGGUAACACGGAACUGCCGCAUGACGUUACGAGGUGGCUGGAGAGAUACAAAAUGGCACGAGACCGAGAAGACCGGACACCCACGGGGAAAGACCGCAAGAAAAAAUCGUGGAAGAGUUGCUCUGAUUACAAAAGAUUGAAGUCAAGGAAGGGAUUGAUGAUGGACGCGGGCGAGCAGGAAAACAGAGACUGCAAGUCGCCGAAUCAGAGGAUUUACUGCAGUGAGAGUCAGGACAGUCAGGAAGAGAGUCAGGAUGAUGAGGCUGCUGAAAUCUGUGUUCUUAAUCACUCGGAAGACGAAGAGUCAGCGACCACCACCGCAACAAAACUAUCAGUUACUCCAGUGCGCCCUAUGUUCGAUAGACUGCAGCCGAAGAAACGGUGGCUACGUGAAGCUUGCCGUGAACAGCUCGCGAGACCUCUCGAGUGGGACUCACAGCCCAAGAAAUUAAUUGUCGACGAAAGUGAAACGCGCAUUGAAACAACUCCGCCAGCUCCAGCGAGAAAUGUCUCUUGCAUCCGUAAUUUGAGCGAAGAGGUGGCUUUUCAUUCUCUUGCGCCUGAUAAAAAUUGUGAUGAUGAACUUGCCAAUGAGAAAGAUCCAUUCGAGAGACCUCCAUGGCAAUCGAUGUCACCCAAAGCUAGAUCAGACAGAGUUGGGAUAAAUGUUGCUAAGGAACUGGUGUUCGAUGACACUCAGGAGCCUCAAAAUCACUGGAACCAUCACUCAUCUAUUCAAUCUAUUAAUAGUAACAAAGUGCCAUUGUCCAAUGAGCUCUGCUGCAGCAGCUUAGCUGAUGAUUUAUCAGACAGAAAUAAUUUAAACGCAACAGAUUUAUCGUGGAGCCGUGAUACCAGUCGUGAUCUUCAAUGUAGUCUAGCAAACAAUAAUUUAAAUGAUAUUAAUUUAAGUGCUACUGAUUUAUCCUGGAGUAGUAGGGAUACCAGCCGUGAUCUUCAAUGUAGUUUAGCUGAUAAUAAUUUAAUUAAAAUUAAUGAUAAUCAAAGUGCUACCGAUUUAUCACUGUCAUGGAGCAGAGAUACUUUGCGUGAUAAUUCUCAGGGUUACGAUCAACUGUCUCGUUUACCUCAGCCAAUCAGACCCGAUGACGAUCUCACCAAAACAACUAGAUCGGACAACGGAACCAGACCAACUGUGUUGAUGCUCGCUGGCAGCCUUUCUCAUCAAGAUUCUCGUGGUAUCGUUCAAAGAGUCAACUAUAAUAAUAAUAUUAAUAACAUUGGGGUUGAAAAAUUGCCAGUAAAGCAAAACGAUGGAGUUACAAAAGCACCUGAAGACAAUAAAAAGUGGAUGGGCGCCCUUGCAUUGAUGGAACUCGCCACGACUCAAGAAGAAGCUGCCAGGGCAAAAGCCAUCGGGUCUAUUGACACCAGAGAAUUGAUGGCAGUACACUCUGACUUUAAGUAUACUCAACUUUAGACUGUGAUUUACGUAACUAAGCUCAUUAUUUGAUACAUUGAUAAGCAAGGUUGAUAUAUGUUAUUAUUAUUAUAAAUAUAUAUAUAUAUAUUUUUUUUUUCAUCCAUUGUCUUGUUAAUCGUGUUUAAAUUUAUGUUACUUCCAAAGAGUGAUUGAUUAUUUUCUUAGUUACAACUCGUGGAUUAAUUAUUUAAUUAUUUUUGUACAUAUUAAUUAGUAGUUAGUAACAAAUAAUUUUUUCUCAUGUUGAUCAUUUUUUAAUUGAUUAAUUAAACCGCGUUAUUAAUUACAAAAAAACAUAUUUAUAUACGCCCUUUUGACUUUAGUCACUAAGUUUAAAACCAAAAGAGCGUCAAGUUUUUUUUUCAAUGCCAAUUGUUUUGUAAAUUAAUAAAAAAAAAAAAAAUUCAGCUUUAGAAAAAGUCUACAAUAUAAUUAGCAAUUUAAAAAAAAUACGAUACUAGAGUUAGCCGAUGUUUAAUAAUUUUUGAAUUUUUUUUUAAGCGAUAAAUUGUAAAAAAAAAAAUAUUUGAAAAAUUGCACCUCUAGCUUUUUUAACUCUCUACAUGUGCAUAUUUUUAUUUUUUUGUAAUUUCUGCGUUGAAAAAAAAUUCAAAAAUUAAUAAUUGUCUGCUGACUUCAGAAUCGUGAACUUUUGAUUUUAACUUUAAAGACUAAAGCCAAAAGGGCGUAUAAAAAUAUAAGUCUUUUUGAAAUUAAUGAUGUUAAAUGAUAGUAGAAGAUUUAAGUUUAAUUAUGAAGCUUCCAUAAUUUAUAAUUACAGAUGGCUGUUGAUAAUAAGUUUAAUUACGUGUGAUAACUGAAAAUAAUUAUGGAGAAAAAAUUAAGUUUCUUUAUUAUUUUUUUUUUUUGCUUAAGUACGAUAGUGUAUGAUGGUAUAUUUUAAAUAAAAUAUCUAGCGUAUAUUUUUCUAUUUCUAAAGUAUUCGGACUGUUAUUUUUAGAAAUUGAAAAAUUUAAAGCUUUGAUGUUAAGAACGAUACGAAGGGAUUAACGGCUGGAUUUUAGUUGUUCUGGAAUUUUAUUUUGAAUUUAAUUAAAUAUUUCUUUAAAUAAACACACAGAUAAAUGGCUUAUUUGUUAUCGUAUUUAAUUUUUAAAUUUAAAUAAAAUUUCAGGCCAACAAAAAUAGAUAAUUGCUAGAGAACUUUAAAAUUAAGUUUAAUAAAAUAAAAUAAAUCAAAAUUACUAUAUAUUUAAAAUCAAAAGCAUGAAUUUAAAUUAUUUAUAACUUUAAAUUAUUUUUUGAUUUAAUGCAUGAAAAAAUAACCGAACAAAAUUAAUAUAUUUUUACAUUUAAUUUAGUGCCUUUAAUUCAAAUAUUAUCGUACUUGUCAACUGUGUACAUUUUUUUUU